GGCGGUUACUCCGCCCCACGCGCCUGGGCUGACCCAGGAACCUACGCAGCGGCUCCCUGUUCCCCGCCGUUGCCAGGGGAAUGUUAUCGGCGCUGCACCCAUUGAAUUGGAUGGCGGUGUGGAGAGUUACCCUGACUGAGAGCUGGGUGUGCAGCAGAGCCGGGCUGCAGCCGGCUGCGGCAGAGACGGUGAAGACAAUUAGUCUGCAAGGGACAUUACGGGAGAAGAUCCUGAGCCUGGGAGAUGCAUUUAAGAAUUUUAAAAGCCUCCGAUCACUGGACUUGUCUAGAAACAUAAUUGUCAGUUUACAGGGCAUUGAAUAUCUCCAUACUCUUCGUUUCCUGAAUUUAUAUUACAAUGAAAUUGCAUCUCUGGGGGAGAUAGAGCAUCUUAGACAUUUGCCGCGGCUGAAGGGCCUGGAUUUGCGCCUCAAUCCAAUAACCAAAUUGAAUCCAGAAUACCGUCUCUUCGUCAUUCAUAUGGUGGGCGCCUUACAAGUUCUCGAUGAUCGGCCCGUGAUGGACGGCGAGAGGAAAGGGGCGAAUUCUUAUUUCCGAAUGAAAGAACAUAAAACGCAGAAGAAGCCAAACAGAGAGAUUGGGAGUGCAACACUGGGUCACGUAUUCGGGGAGAAGACGACGCCACCUAGGGACCACCUGGAUUAUAGCAGCACGAUAGAAGUCGGCAAGAUGAGCGAUUGGAAAUACGGGUCACCUUCUAAAUAUCUGAUGGAAGAGCUCCAACCACAUGUACAGCCACCAAACGACUUUGAAGAUGGUAUUGAGUACCGUCCCUUGCCGUCACCAACACGUUCCUCGCUGCGUUCCCCCGGUCCCACCUCACGUCCUAAAGAAGCACAACGCGUUACCUUCUCAGACUCCACUCUUACAGAGUUCACCCCGAAGAGAGAAGACUUAGCGAAACGCUUAGAGAGUGAGGAUCUCACCUCCACAAGAAAACCCAUUUCUAACAAUCCGGACACCACCGGGACAGCGUUCAGCUUCAAAAAUACCUACCUUACGUCCACCCCUGUAAAGAAAGACGUCACCGAGAGGAUGAAGGCUGAUGCCAGGGCGUGCAAUGUCGAUGGACAGAGCACAGACCUUAGGGAGCGUCUUAGGUUUCCAAAUAGCGCGGAGGAGUCCAGCAGAGAGAGGCUAUUGCGGCUGAGCUCCGAUCUGUACGCCACCACCCAUCUGAAUAAUACCCCCACAUCAUCAAACUCUCUGGCUGGCCUAAGGAAAGGUUUCAGCGAUGUCUCCAGCACCUACACUCUGCCAUCUAAACCCACGCUGGCAAACACUACUCUGUCCAAACCGUUCAGCCGCUCUGAGCUUAGCAGAGACUACAAGGGCGGCUGGAGCCAGGAUACAGAGUCCGGUAUAAGCUCUAACAGCGGCUGCACGCCACAGCCUGGAAUAAAGAGAGCCAGCAGCCUGAACUCCCUACUGCACCCUAGACCCAGCAGUACAUACCAAGAUUGUCAUAAUGAUUUGUGGAGCGAGAAUGAACUGAAAAAGAGCGAUUCCCUCAGUGACGAGGUUCCCGCCAUCUCCAGCGCUCUGCAGCAGCUGACGGACUUAGUGGACCGUUACUGGAACGGAUCUGGGUCUCUCCUGCAAAACCAGCGGUUUCUGGUGCCAGCGCGAGACCUGCUCUCACACCUGUUGACAUCAAACACAGCCCAGAAGACGUCACCCGUAGAGCAGCAGAGAGCCACCAGGAUCAGCCCUGGACAAGUAGAACAUGAUAACAACAUGGAAUCUUUAAAAUUAAAAAUGAUAAAAAUAAUGGAGGAAAAUCACUUUCUGCGGGUGAAAGUCUGUAAGCUGGAGAACCAGACGCCUCGGAAGGAAGGCUCAGGACCCAACACACCAGCCCAUGGUACUGAUCAUCUACAGCAGAAAUAUGAGCAUCUGAAGCUGCAGGUGGAGUCUCUACAGGAGAACCUGAAGCAGACCAGCACCCUGCAAGAGACCGUUAACCUGUUACAAGACAGUCAGAGGUCAUUAGUCUGCACGAAUGAGUAUCUACUGCAACAACUCAAGCACAACUCCCCAACUGACACCACCAAGGCCCAGGCGGAGCCAUCACCCCACAGGAUCAGUACAAACAGGUAUCUAUUCCGUGAGGACUCGGAACCAUCCCACCUGCCUGCUGCUCACAGUCCCCAUAACUCCUGGACCAUGGAGCGGCUUAGCGUCUGCCCGUUGUAAUCGGAACCGUCACAGACCAGCAGAAGUAAAGGCACACCUACGAUGGAAUCUUUUCCUACAAGGGAAUUUUAGAAUGCCAAAUUAAAAACCUUUAUCUGCCCCAUUUGUAGAGGUUUUGCACGCUGACAUUUACUUCGCUUCUUUUUAACCUAAGCACUGGACUAAAUUGGUUGAGUGUUUUUCUACAAAAUACAUCAUUUUUUAAAACAA